GUGUCAGAGGGAGUGCCGAGGCGAACGGUCGCGCUGUAUCGCGAGCUAUCGAGUCCAUCGUAAAAAUAAAACACGCCAUCCACAGGUACUUGCGCGCUCUAAUAACCUAUGUACCUCUGGUAACUGGACGAGCGUCGCGCGACUCGGUCCCCGGGGUCAAGACAGUUCACUGCCAGUGUUAAGCCGAGGGUCAUUGCCGCCACACAAGCCCCACAAGCAGAAUAAGGCAUGAGGUUGCAAUGGAGCGUGUUUGUGGCAGUGUCCUUAUGGAGCGUCGCAAGCGACCUCACCAGGGCACAUGCUUCCGAGGUGUUCGAUCCCAUGGUCGUUCAAGUAGAACAGAAGCGAAAUGAAAGACUUUCAGAGCCAGUGGCCGAGGCAGAACAAAUGAGCCGGCAGAUCAACAUAGUUGAUGACAAAUUCAUGGUGGAUGGGAAGCCACUGCGCAUCGUUUCUGGCUCCCUGCAUUACUUCAGACUACCCGCAGCCUAUUGGAGAGACCGUCUGCGCAAACUCAAAGCGGCUGGACUUAACUCCGUUGCCUCAUAUGUAGAAUGGAGCUACCACGAACCAGAGGAGAGACAAUACUCAUUCGAUGGUGACCGAGACAUCGCUAAUUUUAUUCGCAUUGCUGCAGAAGAGGGAUUGUACGUGCUGUUGCGCGUCGGCCCUUACAUUUGCGCUGAGAGAGACCUGGGUGGAUUACCCUAUUGGCUGCUCGGCAAAUAUCCGAACAUAAAAUUGCGAUCAACUGAUAAAGACUUCAUUGAAGAAUCCAGGAUAUGGCUGGAAAAACUGUUCGAACAAGUGUCGCAUCUGCUUUAUGGAAAUGGUGGACCCAUCAUUUUAGUACAGGUAGAAAAUGAGUACGGUAGCUACGGCAGCGAUGUGGAGUACAGACUGAAGGCUCGCGAUAUGAUGCAUCAGCACGUGAACAAUAAAGCCAUCCUCUACACCACUGACGGGAGUGGCCUGUCCUUUCUCAGAAACGGGGCCAUUCCGGACACCCUCACUACUAUAGAUUUCAAUGCUUAUACAAAUGUGAACAGAUCAUUCGCGGAGCUCCGUCGCUUCAUGCCGAAGGGUCCGCUGAUGAACUCGGAGUACUACACGGGCUGGCUGACGCACUGGGGCGAGCACAUCGCCACCACAGAUGCCGGCGAUGUGGUCAAAACCCUCGGCGAUAUGCUGGAUUACGGAGCAAAUGUCAACUUCUUCAUGUUUUAUGGAGGCACCAACUUUGAAUAUACUUCAGGAGCUAAUUACAUGGCUACUUUCCAACCGGACAUCACUUCCUAUGACUACGAUUCUCCAUUAACAGAGGCUGGCGAUCCUACGCCUAAAUACUAUCUUAUUAGAGAAAAGUUGAAGCAGUACAACUAUGUGGACGACAGUAUCCCACUCCCGAGAGCUAGUGCGAAAGGUGAUUAUGGACCUGUCAAUGUCACUUCAACGUUGAAUCUGUUAAGUCCGGAGGGUCGUGCGCAGUUGGGCAAGAAGUAUGACGACGUGACGGGACCGACUCUCCCGACCUUCGAACAUCUGCGACAACGUGGAGGCCUCAUGUUAUAUGAGACGGAGCUCCCUGAAGCUGAUGAUUUGUUGCAAAUUGGGGCGCCAAGGGACAUGAUAUUUGUGUUUGUUGAUGGUAACUUCAAAGGCCGCCUCAGCAGAUUGCACAAGAUCUACAGUCUCCCCAUCUCUGCAAAGAACGGUUCUGUUUUGUCAUUAUUAGUGGAGCAUCAGGGUCGGAUUAAUUUUGGUAACAUGCUCCACGAUUUCAAGGGCAUCCGAAGUCCAGUAGAGUUCAAUGGCAAAGCACUGAACGGAAAAUGGAAGCUAACAGGUUUCCCUCUGGAAACAUUCACAACAACACCGGUAGCUGAUCAAGAUAACUUGCGUAUGGGACCUACGUUCUACGAGGGUGACUUCACGUUACCAGUGGGUCAGGAACCUUUGGACACUUUUGUUGAUACCAGCGGAUGGGGCAAGGGUUACAUAUGGGUGAACGGACACAACCUCGGCAGGUACUGGCCAAGCGUUGGCCCGCAGAUUACCUUAUACUUGCCAGGACUUUGGCUCAAACCAGCCCCAGAGAAGAACCACGUACAGAUCCUAGAAUUAGACAAACCUCCUCAAGUCCUGACCAUAGAUUUCAUAGACUAUCCUAUUCUCAACAGGACAGGAAACAUUAACCGCUGGAGGAUUCAGCCACGAACAAGUUGGGUGAAACGAGUCUGUCGUCGUGUAGACCGCGACAGCGCCGGACCGUUCCUCCCCGGCUUCAUAAUAAACCACGUGGCCGGCAAAACGAACCUACAAAAAAUGGUGGCUGAUGAUUUGAGUUGUGAGGUGGGCCCACCAUGCAGCCUCGUGUUAGCCGAUGGAUCGGUCUUCCAAGGACGAAGCUUUGGGGCACAAGUACCCGUAGAGGGAGAAGUUGUAUUUCAGACGGGUAUGGUCGGAUAUCCUGAGUCACUGACAGACCCGUCGUACCAUGCGCAGUUGUUGGUCCUGACCUACCCUCUCGUUGGCAACUAUGGAGUACCUGACGAAGAAGAACGAGACGAACAUGGCAUACCCAAAUGGUUUGAAUCUAACCGCAUAUGGGCAGCUGGCUUGAUAGUGGGCGAGGUCAGUACUCGCGCCUGCCACUGGCGCGCCAAGCGAUCCCUGGGCUCCUGGCUAGCAGCCCGCGGGGUCCCCGGCCUCUGUGACGUGGACACCAGGGCCCUGACCUUCCGUCUCCGAGCUGGAGUUACUCUUGGACGUAUCAUUCAAGGAGUCCCUCCUUUUGGCCCACUACCGGCCUUGUCAGACCCAAAUGCCAGGAAUCUGGUUGCUGAAGUUUCUGUUAAGGAACCAAAAAUAUACAAUCCCACUGGAGACAUCACAAUCAUGGCUGUAGACUGCGGCUUGAAGUACAAUCAAAUCAGAUGCUUGAUCAAGAGAAACGCCAAGGUUAUCUUGGUUCCCUGGGAUCACAAGAUAGACACCAGCCAGUAUGAUGGCCUGUUCAUCAGUAACGGUCCUGGUGACCCUGUCAAAUGUAAGAAGCUGGUGGAUAAUAUGCGCACAAUCAUUGAAGACAAGAAGAAUGUAAAACCGUUGUUUGGUAUCUGUCUCGGACAUCAGCUGCUGUCCACGGCGGCAGGUUGCAAAACAUACAAAACUAGUUACGGUAACCGUGGACACAAUUUACCUUGCACACAUAACGGCACGGGCCGAUGUUUUAUGACAUCACAGAAUCAUGGAUUCGCCGUCGAUGCGGAUUCCCUGCCUGAUGGAUGGAAAGUGUUGUUCACUAAUGAAAACGAUAAAACAAAUGAAGGUAUAAUUCACAAAACCCUGCCAUUCUUCAGUGUUCAGUUCCACCCCGAACACACAGCUGGACCGACAGAUUUAGAAUGUCUUUUUGAUGUAUUCAUCGAUGCUGUAAAAUCGUACAAAAACAAGCAAUCCUGCAACAUCGACCACACCAUUACCGAAAAGCUAAAGUUUGUUCCAACUAUACACGAGAGGCCUAAAAAAGUACUCAUCCUUGGAUCCGGUGGUUUAUCUAUUGGACAGGCUGGCGAAUUUGAUUAUUCAGGAUCGCAAGCUGUGAAAGCGUUGCAAGAAGAAAAGAUACAAACAGUAUUGAUUAAUCCGAAUAUUGCCACGGUUCAAACCUCAAAAGGUCUAGCCGACAAAGUAUAUUUUCUUCCUAUCACGCCUGAAUACGUAGAACAAGUCAUUAAAGCGGAACGACCAACUGGCGUUCUUCUAACUUUCGGAGGUCAGACUGCCUUAAAUUGUGGAGUGGAAUUAGAGAAAUCUAAGAUUCUAGAGAAAUACAAUGUGAGUGUAUUAGGAACUCCUAUUCAGUCAAUCGUGGAUACUGAAGACCGCAAAAUAUUUGCCGAAAAAAUACAUGCUAUCGGUGAAAAAGUUGCACCUAGCGCCGCUGUAACAACCAUUGAAGAAGCACUUGCUGCUGCCAAACAAAUUGGAUAUCCAGUUAUGGCACGAUCUGCAUUUUCCUUAGGUGGAUUAGGAUCUGGUUUUGCUAAUAAUGAAGAUGAGCUUCGUACACUAGCCCAUCAUGGGCUAUCUCAUUCUGACCAACUUAUAAUUGAUAAAUCUCUUAAAGGCUGGAAAGAAGUGGAAUAUGAAGUAGUUAGAGAUGCAUACAAUAAUUGCAUCACUGUAUGUAAUAUGGAAAACGUAGACCCCUUAGGAAUUCAUACAGGAGAAUCUAUAGUGGUUGCACCUAGUCAAACUCUGUCUAACAGAGAAUACUACAUGCUCAGAAACACUGCUAUCAAAGUAAUUCAACAUUUCGGAAUUGUGGGCGAAUGCAAUAUUCAGUACGCAUUGAACCCCAAUUCGGAAGAAUUUUAUAUAAUAGAAGUAAAUGCUAGAUUAUCUCGAAGUUCGGCUUUAGCAAGUAAAGCAACUGGAUACCCGUUGGCUUAUGUAGCUGCUAAAUUAUCGUUGGGUAUUGCUUUACCCGUGAUCAAAAAUUCUGUGACCGGCGUAACGACCGCUUGUUUUGAACCAAGUCUCGAUUAUUGCGUCGUUAAAAUUCCAAGGUGGGAUUUGGCCAAGUUUACGAGAGUGAGCACAAAAAUUGGAAGUUCCAUGAAAAGUGUUGGAGAAGUUAUGUCUAUAGGUAGAAGCUUUGAAGAAGCUUUCCAGAAGGCUUUAAGAAUGGUAGAUGAAAAUGUUAAUGGUUUCGACCCUAACAUCAAAAAAGUCAAUGAAGAUGAAUUGAGAGAACCAACUGAUAAACGUAUGUUUGUCUUGGCUGCUGCUCUCAGACAAGGCUAUUCUGUUGACAAAUUAUAUGAGCUUACUAAAAUUGAUCAUUGGUUCCUUGAAAAGUUUAAAAAUAUAAUUGAUUAUUACAAAAUAUUGGAGGCAGAUCAUCAUGGUUCAAUACCUUUUGAUGUCCUAAAGAAAGCAAAGAAAAUUGGAUUUUCUGAUAAACAAAUAGCAGCUGCUAUUAAAAGUACUGAAGUUGCUGUCAGAAAGUUAAGAGAAGAAUAUAAAAUAACACCAUGUGUGAAACAAAUUGAUACCGUAGCAGCUGAAUGGCCAGCUUCUACUAAUUAUUUGUAUCUAACUUAUAAUGGCAAUACGCAUGACCUAGAAUUUCCAGGUGGAUUUAUUAUGGUUUUGGGAUCAGGCGUGUACCGUAUUGGUAGCUCUGUUGAAUUCGACUGGUGUGCAGUUGGGUGCCUAAGAGAACUUAGAAAUCAAGGCAAGAAGACUAUAAUGAUCAAUUAUAACCCGGAGACUGUCAGUACUGACUACGAUAUGAGUGAUAGACUGUACUUUGAAGAAAUUUCUUUUGAAGUUGUAAUGGAUAUCUACAACAUUGAACACCCAGAUGGAGUAAUAUUAUCCAUGGGAGGACAAUUGCCAAACAACAUUGCCAUGGAUUUGCAUAGGCAACAGGCGAUUAUAUUAGGUACGUCUCCUGAUAUGAUUGACAACGCUGAGAAUAGAUUCAAGUUUUCCAGAAUGCUGGACCGUAAGGGUAUAAUGCAACCAAGAUGGAAGGAACUUACAGAUUUAGAAUCGGCAACCAGCUUUUGUGAAGAAGUUGGUUUUCCAUGCUUAGUACGACCCUCUUAUGUUUUAAGUGGUGCGGCUAUGAAUGUUGCAAAUUCAAACCAAGAGUUGGAAGCUUAUUUAAAAUCAGCCAGUUUAGUAAGCAAAGAUCAUCCAGUGGUCAUAUCGAAAUUCAUUAUGGAUGCAAAAGAAAUAGAUGUUGACGUAGUGGCAGCCGAUGGUGCUAUUUACUGUAUGGCAGUAUCGGAACACGUUGAAAAUGCAGGAGUCCAUUCUGGUGAUGCUACAUUAGUGACUCCACCACAAGAUAUUAACAAUGAAACUUUGGAUAAAAUCAAAGAAAUUGCCAGUAUUAUAGCGGAGACACUAGAUGUAACUGGACCAUUCAACAUGCAGCUUAUAGCUAAAGAUAACGACUUGAAAGUUAUUGAAUGUAACGUUAGAGUUUCAAGAUCAUUCCCAUUUGUGUCCAAGACACUUGACCAUGAUUUUGUUGCGAUGGCCACUAAGAUUAUCUUAGGUAUACCGGUCGAACCAGUUAAUGUAAUGACCGGUUGUGGGAAAGUUGGUGUGAAAGUACCACAAUUUUCAUUCUCAAGAUUAGCUGGUGCAGAUGUAACACUAGGAGUGGAAAUGGCAUCUACCGGUGAGGUAGCUUGUUUCGGUGAAAACCGUUACGAAGCCUAUUUGAAAUCAUUAAUGAGUACAGGUUUUAGAAUACCUAAAAAGGCUAUUUUGCUAUCUGUUGGUACAUUCAAGCACAAAAUGGAAUUAUUACCAAGCGUCAGAAUUUUGCACAAAAUGGGAUAUAAAUUAUACGCUAGCAUGGGAACCGGAGAUUUCUACGCUGAGCAUGGAGUUGAUGUUGAAAGUGUUCAAUGGACAUUUGACCACAUAGGUGAUCCUGAAGACGUAAGAUCGGACGGUGAACUGAUGCAUUUGGCUGAUUUCAUGGCAAGACGUGAAUUAGAUUUGGUGAUUAAUUUACCAAUGCGAGGAGGAGCGAGGCGGGUGUCCUCGUUUUCUACUCAUGGAUAUAGAACGCGCCGUCUAGCAGUUGACUAUGCCGUGCCCUUAGUGACUGAUGUGAAGUGUGCUAAACUAUUAGUUCAGGCUAUGCAUCUUUGUGGAGGAGCACCUGUCAUGAAGACUCACACAGACUGUAUGACAUCUCGCAACAUCAUUAAAUUGCCAGGUUUCAUUGAUGUACACGUGCAUGUGCGUGAACCUGGAGCUACUUAUAAAGAAGACUUUGCGUCAUGCACAGCUGCAGCACUCGCAGGAGGUAUUACGAUGAUAUGCGCCAUGCCAAACACUAACCCUCCAGUAAUUGAUCGAACAUCUUUCGAUUAUUCAUCUGCUUUGGCGCGAGUAAGUGCUCGUUGUGACUAUGCGCUCUAUAUGGGGGCAUCCACCAGCAACUGUGAGACAGCUGCUGAAAUGGCUCCCCAAGCCGCCGCAUUGAAAAUGUAUCUUAACGAAACCUUCACUACUCUUAAAUUAGACGAUAUGACAGUAUGGCAAAAACAUCUUCAGAACUGGCCAAAAAAGAUGCCUGUAUGUGCUCAUGCGGAGAAAGAGAAAACUGGAGCUGUGAUAUUAAUGGCAUCUUUACUCGAUAGACCAAUCCAUAUUUGUCACGUCGCCAGGAAAGAAGAAAUCCUUAUAAUUAAAUCAGCCAAGGAAAGAGGCCUUAAAGUUACAUGUGAAGUAUGCCCCCAUCAUUUGUUCUUAAGCACUGCAGAUGUUGAUGAUAUUGGAGCAGGAAGGGCUGAAGUGCGACCAGUGUUGUGUAGCCCAGAAGAUCAAGCUGAACUUUGGAAAAACAUUGACAUCAUUGAUGUUUUCGCCACAGACCACGCCCCCCAUAGUGUGGAAGAGAAAAAUUCUGAAAAGCCACCGCCCGGUUAUCCGGGAUUAGAAACAAUCUUACCCCUGCUGCUUAAUGCUGUACAUGAGGGUCGUCUGACUUUAGAGGAUCUUAUCAAUAAAUUCCAUCGUAAUCCUCGUAAAAUUUUCAAUUUACCCGAGCAACCAAAUACAUACGUAGAGGUAGACAUGGAUUAUGAGUGGACAAUACCUCAAGCAAUGGAAUUUUCGAAAUCUAAAUGGACGCCAUUUGCCGGCAUGCAAGUUUGUGGUGCAGUACAUAGAGUAACACUGCGGGGUGAAAUUGCAUAUGUUGAGGGUCAAGUCCUAAUUCCUCCUGGCUUUGGACAAAAUGUACGAGACUGGCCUACACCUAAGAAACAGACAUUACUCACAGUUGAGAAAUUGGAGAAAGAAUUUAGUCGGCCGAAUUCUGCCCUUGAUGUGCAUACGUCUGCAGAUUUGAGUAGAGUAAGUGAUAUUGACUUCGAUCAGAUCGAUAACAAGCCUGAAGGACAAUCGAAGCCCAACGUGCACUUCAGUGAAAUCGCAGCUGCAAGAUGUUUGUCACCUUUACCUCCUCAGACGAUCAGACAAAGAUGUGACAGUACAUCCAAUUAUAACCCACCUUCAACUACAGUUUCUCAACGUCAACGCAGUGACCUAUUCGGCAAAAGCAUACUGACUGUUGACUCAUUCAGUAAAGAUACUCUAAACGAUAUAUUCAAUUUGGCUCAAUUUAUGAAAACCAGUGUUAACAAAGGUCGUUUCUUAGAUGAUAUUUUGAGGGGAAAAGUUAUGUCUUCGAUAUUUUAUGAAGUCAGUACUCGUACAAGUUGUAGUUUUGCCGCGGCAAUGCAAAGACUGGGUGGCUCUGUAAUUCAUACCGACGCCACGAGCUCGUCAGCAAAGAAAGGUGAAACUCUGGAAGAUAGUGUUUCCGUAAUGGCAAGUUAUUCUGAUGUAGUCGUACUUCGUCAUCCUGAACCUGGUGCAGUUGCGCGUGCUUCACGUCACUGCCGCAAACCUAUCAUUAAUGCGGGAGAUGGCAUAGGCGAACACCCAACGCAAGCCCUGCUCGAUGUCUUCACAAUUCGUGAAGAAAUUGGUACAGUGAAUGGAUUAACCAUAACCAUGGUUGGAGACCUGAAGAAUGGACGCACUGUUCAUUCUCUGGCACGGCUUCUAACUCUGUAUCAAGUACAACUACAGUACGUAAGUCCUCGAGGACUUGGUAUGCCGAAGCAUAUCACAGAUUACGUUGCCUCCAAAGGCAUACCUCAACGCGUAUAUGAGAGGUUGGAAGAUGUUUUGGCCGACACUCAUGUUUUGUACAUGACUCGAAUUCAGCGUGAAAGGUUCCAAAGUCAAGAAGAAUAUGAAAAGACACGAGGGCUGCUGGUGGUGACUCCUCAGCUGAUGACGCGCGCUCGCAGGCGCAUGGUGGUGAUGCACCCGCUGCCCCGUGUCGACGAGAUCUCGCCGGACUUCGACUCAGACCCUCGCGCCGCGUACUUUAGGCAAGCUGAGUACGGCAUGUACGUGCGGAUGGCUCUACUCUCCAUGGUUGCAGGCGUCAACCCACUCACUUGAACUACCUUGCUAGUGUCAGCUCAUAUAUUAAUUAUAUAAACAUCCGUAUCAGUGCCUGAUCGGCUGACUCAGCUUUGAUUUUUGAACAAUGAAUUUCCGCCCGAUAUCUAGUAAUCAGUAGAUUGAGUCAAUUAAAAAUAUCUUAAAUCAGAAGCAUUACAUGCGCCGCCGGCGUUUGAUGUUCGGCAAAUCGCAUCAGAUUACACCUAUCUAGCUACUAUUACGUCAUUGCAGACGUCGAUGAAUACGUUAAACUGAUUUAAUAUAAGAUUGCAAAAAUUCUAGAAUACCUACCCAAAUUCUAUUAAAAAAAAAUACUUUUCAACCCGGAUUUUAAGUGAAUGUGCUAGUGAAUUGAUGUAACUUUCCAGUUAAUCUCUCUUCUUAGUUUUUAUCAAAUUGUCAUCCCGAUUUUAGUCAUCUUCUUCACCUUAUUAGUAAGAAAUAAAAAAAGAAGUGACAAUAAUUAUCAGAUAGUUUAUUUUUAGAUACUUUACAAUGGUUAAAUAACAAAUUAUGUAUAUUAAAGUGAUGAGUAACA